AUGAUGUCUCAAAGCGAUAAUUUCCAAAGUGUAGGUUCCCAGAGUGCAAUUUCUUCUUCCUCGAUUGAGCAUAGAGUUCUUUGUCACUGUGAUCGCAAGGCAAAGAUUGAGAGAGCUUGGACUCGUGAAAACCCUGGGCGUAGAUUCUUCGGUUGCAAAGGGUGUCGAGUUGGGAAUGGGUAUGAGAAUUGCAACUUUUUUCGUUGGUUUGAUGUGGAGAAACCACAUGGAUGGCAGCAUUUGGCUUUACUGGCAGCGAGAGACAUAAUCCGAGAGCAAAAGGAGGAGCUAGCCGUUUUGAGGAACAAGGUAAGUACUCCAAAUCAUGAAGGCUCCAACUUGGACAUUUCGAAUGAACUUGCAGAAAAAUUUAAAGAAAAAGUUGAAGAGUGUGAAGCCUUGAAGAAACAAGUGUUGAUACUAGGUGAGAGGAGUGAUGUGUUUCGUAAUGUUCUUGUGGCCUCCUCGGUCGGAUUUGCUAUCGUUUUGGGAGGGAUAAUUGUGAUGUCCAAGUACUGA